CCGGGGAUGUCACACCGCUGCUAUUUUCUCCUCACAGUCCCCUCUCACUUUCAGCGUACAGUUCCAGUGAAGUGACACGGGAUAGCUAUAGAAAGGCGAACAUUAAGAAACGAGACAAAAAUGGCAGAGCUUGGUGCGGGCAGCUUGUCGUUGGGGGAUCCUGUAUUUAAUUACCAAGAACAUGAGCUGAAUGAGCGACUCAAGCGGCUUUACCCGGCCGUGAACGAGGAAGAGACCCCUUUACCUCGAUCUUGGAGUCCCAAGGAUAAAUACAGCUACAUUGGACUGUCACAGAACAACCUGAGGGUCCAUUACAAAGGACAUGGCAAAAAUCACAAGGAUGCCGCAUCUGUACGAGCCACACAUCCAAUCCCAGCAGCUUGUGGUAUCUACUAUUUUGAAGUCAAAAUUGUCAGUAAAGGUCGAGAUGGCUACAUGGGAAUCGGCUUGUCUGCACAAGGGGUCAACAUGAAUCGACUGCCUGGAUGGGACAAGCACUCAUAUGGUUACCAUGGAGAUGAUGGCCACUCCUUCUGCUCCUCUGGAACUGGCCAACCAUACGGUCCAACUUUCACGACGGGUGAUGUGAUUGGCUGCUGUGUUAACCUCAUCAACAACACUUGCUUUUACACCAAAAAUGGCAUCAGUUUAGGUGUGGCUUUCACGGAUCUUCCUCCUAACCUGUACCCCACUGUGGGACUUCAAACCCCGGGCGAGAUUGUCGAUGCAAACUUUGGACAGCAGCCAUUUGUCUUUGACAUUGAGGACUACAUGAGCGAAUGGAGGGCUAAGAUCCACGGAAUGAUCGCUCGAUUCCCAAUAGGAGAAAGGCUGGGUGACUGGCAAGCUGUCCUGCAGAAUAUGGUAUCUAGCUACCUGGUCCACCAUGGAUACUAUGCCACUGCCACUGCAUUUGCCAGAGUCACAGAGACCAUGAUACAAGAGGACCAAACAUCUAUAAAGAACAGACAGAGAAUACAGAAGCUGGUGCUGGAGGGACGUGUGGGUGAAGCCAUCGAAGCCACACAGCAACUUUAUCCAGGCCUGUUAGAACACAAUCCAAACCUUCUGUUUAUGUUGAAGUGUCGUCAAUUUGUGGAAAUGGUGAACGGUACAGACAGCGAGGUUCGCUGCUUGACAAUUCGCUCCCCCAAGUCCCAGGGAAGUUACCCUGGUUCUCCCAACCUUAGCCCUCGCCAGGGGACUGGAAAUUCACACGUGCACGCUGGAGGUGUAGACAGCCCAACAUGCAGUAAUGGGGUGACCCCCUCCAAAAAAUCAAAGAGCCACAGCAGCGUUGUUAGCAGCAACAUAAAAUACCCCAGCACGUCCUCCUCAGCCUCCUCAUCCACUUCCUCUUCACCUUCAUCCAUCAACUAUUCUGAGUCUAAUUCUUCUGACUCCACCAAGAGCCAGCCACACAGCAACAACAGCAAUCAAGAAACCAGUGACAGUGAGAUGGAGAUUGAAGCAGAACACUACACCAAUGGGGUUGUUGAGGGGUCAUCCGCUCGGAUCAUGAAUGGCACAUAUAAACACGAAGAGAUACUUCAGCCAGAUGACAACAGUAUUGGUAAUGGUGUCACAGGAGAAGAGAGUUAUAGAAAUGGCAGGCAACUUUGCGGAGGGAAUCAAGCCGCCACAGAGAGGAUGAUACAAUUUGGACGGGAACUUCAGUCACUGAAUGAAAAGCUGUGCCGCGAGUAUGGCAAGAACACAACACACAAGAAGAUGUUACAGGAUGCAUUCAGCCUGUUAGCGUACUCCGAUCCGUGGAACUGCCCCGUGGGCCAGCAGUUAGACCCCACACAGAGAGAAUCGCUUUGCUCCGCACUCAACAGCGCCAUACUGGAGUCCCAAAAUCUGCCUAAGCAGCCUCCUUUGGUGUUAGCACUGGGUCAGGCCACAGAGUGUGUACAGCUUAUGGCCCGGGUCAGAUCUGGUUCCUGCUCUUUCGCCAGAGUCGACAACUUUUUGCUCUAGCCCGUGUGUGGGGUUUAUGUUAAGUUGCACUGAGAGAGAGGGCAUGUCCAGCAGGUGGUUGUCAUGGCUACAGAAAAGGAAGCAUGUGUGUGAUUGGUGUGUUUGGCUGACUAUCAACGCCGGAGCCUGCGGCUCAGACAGAAAAAGCAGAGAGAAGAUUUGAGAGAAAAGCUUCCUUUUUAAUUUAGUAUUAUCAAACAAACGUGUGACUCUAUUUAAAUAUUAAUUAUAUUUCUGUUGAUCUAUACAAUUUUUUUGUCAGAUUGUAGUGCUCAUCACCGACAGGCAUUCUCCUCUUUUGCUUUUCAUUAGUGGACUUUGACUCCCUAUAAUAGGUUUUAUACAGAUUUCACAUUUGAUCUUCACCAUAUCUUGUGCCACACUGUCCAUAACUCUUUACCACGGUGACACGUGCAUUUCAUUACAUUAUUACAAUAGUUAGAAUAAGUUACCAAUCCCCCUGUAACACACACAAACAAAUAUUCUUUAAGCAAUGCAUUGCAAAGCAGAGCACUGUUACUUUGUCAGAAGAGCAAAACAAAAAGCAUUUACAAGUUAUUUGAGCACCCAGUGUUUUCGAUGUGCAAAAGACCUAGCUGAGGUACAUUAUUCCGGGAUGGGAAAACAAAGAGUCAAACACAAAGUGUAAGAUUAUCUCAAAUCCUAGCAACAAUUUUAUGAGGACCAGUGUUAUUUGAAACAAUUUCAUCGCAGUUACGCCAUUUUCUCCUCUCCCAUUUAAACUAAUUAAAAGCCCCAAUUUAAAAAAUAUAAGCAUAAAUUGAUUUAAUGUUAGACUGACAGAAUUUAGGACAUUCUAUUAAUCAUAACCAUCCUUGGUCCAAAACAAAAAUGGGUGACAAAAAUUACAUCAAUAUUCUGUAUGCUGUCAGAAUGUAGCAUAAAAUUGAUGAAACCACACCUAAUAAUAACUCUUUUUGUUUGCCAUUUCCUUGCUCCCUAAAUUGUAACUAACAGCUGAUUUAAUAUUUUACAUGCUUUGUUGCAGAUAUGGUAUUCAAUUGGAGCAUGACAAAUUUUCACACAUUUCGUUACACUUGACAAAUCAAGUAGAGUUUGGGAGGCAGUUGAAAUAAUGAGAUUCUAUAUUUACUAUAGCAUAAAUAAGAUGUUUUAUUCCCUUGCACCCCGUGUUUUUUCUUGUCUUGAAAUUAAUCAUCCAUAAUAAUCAAAUAAACUUCUGUCCUGUGGGACAUAUCUUACAAGUGCAUUCCAACAAGGUGUUUUUUUUGUUCUGUUUUUCAAAAUAAACAGAAUUGGGGGAAGGGGUUUCUUUCCAAUAGCAGUGGAUAUUUUGUUUAGAAAAUGGGAAUGGAACUAAAUUUCAUGCUUGUAAUAGGACUGCCAAUCAACAACAAAAAUCAUCUUCCUGGGUCAUUGUAUCCAAGCAUGAUGUUUUUACACUGGCAAGUGACAGGAAAUCACUCAACAAAGAUUCAAGAUCCAUAGAGACCCCACAAUACAAUUAAACAGUAUGUGACCAAAUUUGUUUUUUUUAAGGAGAAAAAAAAAGGGUUAAACAUGUCCUUGACCAACUUGUAUCAAAUAAUAGCAACCACAAGAGCAUCUGAUUUUCUGCUUUAAACGACGCUUGUUACACCGACAGAACUUCCUGUUAUCAUCCCAAAAGGGAGCACUCUUAGCUGGUUACACCGACCGAACUUCCUGUUAUCAUCAUCCCUAAAGGGAGCAUUCUUGGCUGAUGUUUUAACCCAAGUCUCCCUCGAUCCCUGCAUAGACAUGACCAACUGGUCUGAUCAGUGACUCAUAGGACGGUCCAAGACCUAUUUCACAGAGAACAUCUUGAGCCUUUGCAGACGAGCAGUGUACAACUGACUCCUAUUGUGAUUUUAAUUUCUUUUAUGUUUUAGCACAACA